AUGAUAAAUAUAAUCGAAGGGACGUUGUAUUUAAUAUUCAGCGCUAUCAGUCUGGUGCUGACACCUAUAGUCAAUUUUAUAUUCCAUACCAUAUAUGGUAAGGGUAAGACGGUUCCACCAAUCAGUGAUGACCUACUGCUAGAGAGUGCCACAAGUCUGGCUCGUAAAAUACGCCAUAGAAAGGUACGAGCAGAAGAUGUAAUGAAUAUAUUUAUUGCAAGGGUAAAACAAGUCAACCCCGUUGUCAACGCUGUGGUUGCUGAGCGAUAUGAGGAGGCCUUAAAAGAGGCACGUAGUGUCGAUGCUAUUUUAGAGCAUGGAAAUGUCCCAGAAUCCUUUUCAGAAACAUUCAAACCUUUUUUGGGUGUUCCACUGUCUGUGAAAGAAGCUUUCGCUACAAAAGAUAUGCCCCAUACAUCAGGGUUACUGAGUAGAAAAGAUGUAAUCGCCACCUAUGAUUCUCCCUGUGUGUCGAAUCUCCGUGAUGCCGGGUUCAUUCCCUUCGUUAGUACCAACACUAGUGAACUGUGUAUGUGGUAUGAAUCAGCCAAUCAUAUUUAUGGACGAACUAAAAACGCCUACAACACAAGUAGAAUAGUAGGCGGCAGCUCAGGGGGUGAGGGAUGUAUAAUCUCUACCGGGGGUUCAGUAGCUGGUGUGGGGUCAGAUAUCGGUGGUAGUAUUAGAAUGCCAGCGUUUUUUAAUGGUGUUUACGGACAUCGUCCUUCAAAAGGUAUUGUAUGUAACGAGGGUCAGUAUCCCCCAGCAACGAAAGGUCAAAUAGACCUCCUAUCAACGGGACCAAUGUGUCGUUAUUCAGAAGAUUUAGCUCCCAUGUUAAAAGUUAUGGCCGGACCAAAAUCUAAAUUAUUAAAACUUGAACAAAAGGUGGAUUUGAAAUCUCUACGUAUAUUUACUAUGGAAGAUGAUGGAGGAAGUUUAUUAAUCAGUAAUGUUGACCCAGAAUUAAAGGCAGCUCAAAAAAAGGUAGCAGUGAAAUAUCUGGAGGAAACAGUAGGGGUGAAGGUCACGCCUGUCAAUAUCCGCAGAAUGAAAUACGGCUUCGAUGUGUGGUGUGCAAAAAUAGCACUGGCAGGAGGAACUACUUUUUCAGAAUUCAUGGGCAAUGAGGAAUAUUCGGUGAAUGGAUAUAUGGAGUUUGUGAAGUGGGUUUUUAACCAAUCAGAUCACACGUUACCUGCCAUAAUGUUGUCAAUGAUAGAAAAACCUUCGUUCUUAAUGGAAUCCAACAACAAACGUUUGAUGGGAAUUUUGAAAAAGUUAGAACAGGACAUUCACUCGUUGCUAGGUGAUAAUGGAAUCUUGUUGUAUCCAUCUCAUCCUAAAAUUGCUCCGUUUCAUAAUCAACCAAUCGUCAUGCCUUUCAACUUCGCGUACACGGCUGUGUUUAACGCCCUAGCCUUACCCGUUACCCAGACUCCUCUUGGAUUAAGUAAAGAUGGCCUCCCACUCGGAAUGCAGAUCGUCGCAUCUUUAAACAAUGAUCAUCAGACAAUAGCUGUUGCUAAGGAACUUGAGAAAGGUGCGAUUGCCGGAUGGGUGCCACCUGCUGGGGAUAUCAAAACAACAAAGUGA